AUGGGCAAUAUCAGCAAGCUCAUUCUCUUGUCGCUCGUGGCAACCUCCACUGUUGUGGCGUCCCCUGUGCGGGUCCCCGGCUUCCGUGACCUGGCCAUUCUUCCCCGCGGCGAUUACGGCAACGGUGGAGGUGGUGGUGGUAGCCCUGGCGGCGCCGGUGGCUCCAAAGGUCCUGGCGGUCCCGGCGGCUCGAAAGGCCCUGGCGGCCCAGGUGGCAACCCUUGCGACUACCCGAGCAACGCAAACAACCCCGCCUGCGGCGGUUCGGGCUCCUCGCCGACGGGUCCAGGCGGUCCCAAGGGGCCCGGAGGGCCCGGCGGAAACAACGGCCAGGUGAACUGCGACUACCCUAGCAACCGCAACAACCCUGCCUGUACCGGCACCGGGUCCUCUCCCAGCAGCCCUAGCGGCCCUAAGGGCCCUGGCGGAAACAUGGCCAGCAACGCCAACAACCCGAUGUGCUUCCCGCCCGCCCCCACCGCCACCACCCCGACCGACAACAGCAGCCAGCCGACCGACACUACGACGCCGACGAGCAGCUCGUCCCCCACCGAGGAGACCCCGUACCCCGACACCGGCCACAACUCGCAGAGCCCCUCGCCCCAGGACACUUCCGACUACACCGACGGCUCUUCCGCCCCCACCGACAGUGGCUCCGGCGACAACUAG